CCUGGCUGUGCCUAUCCUUUUCUAUAGUUAACACCCUAAUUUGAACCCACCCCCCAUCUUCCCCACCCUUGCUGCUGCGCAUUUUCCUGCAUGUGGCCUCCCUAAUCCCUCCCCUCCGUGCUUAAUCGCUCUCCCCAUAAUAACAACCUCCGUUAUCGCCGAUUUCCCAGACACCCACCCAAACCCCCCAACAUGGCUGACGUCGACGUGGCCAGUUACUAUAACUUGCCCUCGGCUUUCCCCGAAGAAUGGCCCGCUGAGCUGGAUGAAAGCGACCAUUCCGAAGACGAAGCUUUAGAACGUCGUGGCUCGCGCUCGGAGAAAUCCCGAUACUUUGCUCUGGAGCGCAACAAUAGCACGCGGAAGGGGGUCACUUUAGGCUCCUUCAAAGCGAACAAUGGUCGGGAGAACCUCGUGAAGAUGGAUGAGCCUGAUCCCCUGGGAACGGGGGACAGUGUGCUCAAGAUUCUCAAAAUGCGAGGCUUGUCUCUAGACGAGGAAAGCCGCCUGCGGAAUCGUUUCCUGCUCUCAUCGACCUCCUUCUCCCCGGCGCUCUUCCUUUCCCAAGUCCAUUCCGAUGCGUCGAUACGGUCCCUUCUCGAAGGUCUCAACAUCCUCUCUCAAUCAAUUGAUCAGAAAUCCGCGUCGCUGAAAGUCCUCGUCGAAGCGAACUUCGAACGAUUCGUUCGAGCCAAAGCGACUAUCGACAGUGUAUAUACAGAAAUGAGGAAUCAGGGCAAGAAAGAGGAGUAUUUGAGCCCUCAUGCCAACCGCCGGUCGGUUGGUCAUUUGCGCAGCCUCUCGGGAAGCAAACAGAGUAUAGCCACGUCGGCCCUUUCCGAUGUAGGUCCCGGCAAGAACGCUCUGACGAAAGAGAGUGAAUACGGCAUGAAGGGUAUUCGUGUUCCGUUGCUCGAGGCAUCCGUCAAAGCAGAGGAGGUGUGGGGUCCGGCAUUGGGAGGUCGCGAAAGAGAGCAGGUGCUCAAGUCGGUCGUCGACACUAUGGAAAAACAUAGAGAUAUCUACGAAAUAGGCGGUCAUCUUUCCAAGUCCAUUAAGCAGAGAGACUAUGACUCUGUCUUUGAGCAGUACCGGAAAGCGAGGGCCCUCUCCAAGACUGCUAGGGAUAUUGCCGAUACCGCAACGAGCAAGGGUCAGCCAUUGACGGAUGAAGAGGCCCAUGUUAUUCUGGCUAUGGGGAGAAUGUGGAUCGAUGUUGAUUCACAAAUUCAAGCGUUCAAACGCGACCUGUGGAGGCGCCUCAGCGAUGCGCCUACUACCUCGACCACUGUUACUGCUACAGGUCCCGUAGAAGAGCACAUGGAGCUCAUCGGUGCUCUCCUGGAGCUAGGGGUCGAGGACAAUCCUAUCUGGGUCUGGCUUCUCAGUCGCUACGACUUUUUGAAGAAGAAAAUCACGGCCUUCUGUGACCGUUGCAAGGUCGAGAUAGAAAUUCUGAGGCGUCGACUAGCUAGUGGGGAGAAACCGACGCCUCAAACAGUGGCAUCAUAUCUGCGGUUGGCACCACGCGACGGCGCUCUGGACACUCAAACCAUGCGCGAUAGCGACCAAGUGAUCGAGCUCUGGGAAUGUAUACAUACGUAUCUGAGCAGACUGUUGUCCUCUGAAGGAGGUCUUCUUGGCGAGGUUUUCGAUUUCUGGGAAGUAGCACAAUCCUUCAUCGACGGCAGCAGGCAAAAGCUUCUUCCCGCUGGGUUCGAGGGAGAAAGUCGCAAACACCAUCGGCUCUCUUCCAACGAUGCCCGGGAGCUGCAAAAGGGUGUCGUCGAGCUGCUCAAUCUCAUCCGCGAGAGCGUUCUCUCACUGUUCGCCGACCCCCCUGUGGACGAUGUAUCCCUCCUCACCUCGCCCGUCUCCACCGCCAGUCCCAGCAGCCCUGGGAGUCGGGGUGUGACCCCAACGGAGUCGCGAUUCAAGCUUGAUCCGAAGAACAUGCCCUUCCCUACACCGAAGCGUGGGGAACAUUGGGAAGACUAUGCCUUCUGGCCACCAUUUUCAAAUUCUCUUAGCGGCAUUCACUAUCUCAGUCAGUGUCUAGUGCUCAUUGGCACAGCGGCUAGCGAGAUGGCCGCCUUGGAGCCUGUGAUGCACAGUACUAACACCCGUGAUCUUCUCAAAUCCCUUGUGAGUGUAGCACGCGAACGCUCAGUACGUGUGGCAUGCGCAGCUUGGGGAAAGGACGCCGAAAUUUGUAAGAUGCUGGAAGACUGGACUCGGGACCCGGAGAAGAGAGAUCUGACCAAGAUGCCUGGUCUAUUUGUUGCCUUUGAGAACGCAAUCAUCGCGGGUAUGCAGAAGAUCCUCUACAUUCCGGAGGCCAUGGCAAGAUCUGGUUCUGUAGAUGUUGUGGCCCAGCCUCCUGCCAAACUACUACAGAUGGUUCGCACUCAGUUUGUGUCUAGCGUCUACAAAGCUCUGAGUGGCCUGGUUGAGAAUGCGGAGCAUCCUACAUCGUCGGAAGAUGAGGAUGAAUGGAUCGCAGCUGGCUCCACGGCGACACGAAACCAGUUUGAUACAUCUCCAUCGCUACUCAUCGCGGAUGCGGUCGAUUCUCGGAAUAGAAAUGUGCGCAUCCUCUUGACUUUGUCAAACAUCAAAGCAUUCCAGGCCGAUCUCGUCCCGCAGCUGGUUGCCAACUUUGAGAACUCAUUCUCGGUCCGGUUGACCGAGGAGGCCAAGACAGUACGCGAUGUGCUCAACCAGAUCGACGAUCGGUUGUUCCAGUCAUACACUAAGCCGACCAUCAAUGCGUUGAACACGACAAUUGUCAACAGCAUCACUGCCCCCGACUGGGAACCGGCAUCGUCCCGCCCGGAUCAGGUCCGCCCAUACGUCUACACUACCAUGCUGGACCUGGUGCUGGUACACACGGAGAUCACCACUACCAUCCCUUCGACGUUGACGGCCGUGCCGAGCCGUUCCUCAUCCGCCGCCCAGUCUUCAUUACUCUCCGUCGUUCUUACGUAUUUGCUGACCCAAGUGUCGACAUCGCUUCUGAACGCCUUUAGUUCUCGGUCCUCGUACAGUCUGCCAGCCCUCAUGCAGGCCACACUGGAUACCGAGUUCAUCGCGCAGACCAUGUCCCAGUUUUCGACCGAUGAAGCAUCCGCGAUACAAAGUCAGAUCUAUGUUGAGCUGGAUCGGCGGACCACCCACGAGGCACGUGCGCGGCUUCAGUCCGAGCUGGGGGAAAUGAGAGGCAUCCUAAAGCGCUUGAGAGAGAGGACCAAAGGAGAGUUUGCAUGCUUCAGAAAGCCGCGGAGUGGCAACGGGCACAAACCAUCCGCCUAGAUCGAUCUUCAUCUUCACGAAAGAAAUCUACAAAUCAUCUUGACAGUAGUAGCAGC